AUGGGGCCAAGUGUACAGCAUGUAGUUCCAAUAGGACCAAGUGGACAGCAGGUAGUUCCAAUGGGGGCAAGUGGACACCAGGUAGUCCCAAUGGGGCCAAGUGGACAGCAGGUAGUUCCAAUGGGGCCAAGUGGACAACAGAUAGUUCCAAUGGGCCAAGUGGACACAAGGACCAAGUGGACACCAGGUAGUUCAAAUAGAGCCAAGUGGGCACAAGGUAGUUCCAAUAGAGCCAAGUGGGCACAAGGUAGUUCCAAUGGGGCCAAGUGGACAACAGGUAGUUCCAAUGAAGCCAAGUGGACACAAGGUAGUUCCAAUGGGGCCAAGUGGACAACAGGUGUGGCUACUUCUGCUGAAUACGGAUCUCGAGUCACUAGAGUUGAAGCCAACGAUCCUGAUGAUGAUAUCAAUGGUAUUGUCAGAUAUGUCAUCACAGACCAGAUCUGUGAAGUUGACGAUCAACCCAAUGUAUGUCAAGAUGAAAAUGGGAAUCCUAAAGAUCCUUUCACGUUAGACCCCUUAGAUGGUACCAUUUAUACCAAUAUUGUUUUUGAACCUGGUUGGACAGGAUAUUUUGAUCUGAAAAUAUCAGCAUUCGAUAUAGACAACAAAACUGAUGACACUCAGUUAUCGAUCUAUCUUCUCCGUGAUGACCAAAGAGUAAAAAUUGUGGUAUAUGAUGAACCUGAUGAUGUAGUUACCUGGAUUGACGAUUUCAUGGCUGAAAUUGAGAACAUUACUGGUGCAUUGUGUAGUGCAGACAGUAUACAAACUCACGUGGACAGGAAUAAUGAGCCAAACUCAGAUAUGACUGAUAUUUAUAUUCAUUGUGUUGAUCCAGAAACCAAUGAAAUCAUGGAUGUUCAGGAAAUUAUUUACUUAUUAGACACGUAUGAAGAUAAUUUAGAUGCACUAUUUGAGGAAUAUAAUGUCGUUGCUAUUGUGCCUGCUGUGGUGCCUGAUAAUACAGUCGACACGAACGCUUAUAUACAAAUAGCAACGGGCAUUUUGUUGAUUGUUGCGUUAUUUUUACUAUUUUUACUCAUUUACUGUUACUGUUCCAUGAGGAGUAGGUAUCAACGAAAGCUGCGAGCAGCUCGAGCCGGUGGGAAUUUAGGCACAGGCGAAAAUGAACUAAAACAGAAUCCGUUACAAGUUCCAGGAACAAAUCAAUAUAAAUUUGAAGGUUCAAAUCCAAUAUGGAAUACUCCUGAAAUGGACAUCUAUUCAGAAGUUCAAGAACCAGAUAAAAACUCGCUUGAUGAAAAUGAAGUUAGUGACGAUGCAAACAGUGAAGAUCAAGAAGUCACCGUUGAUUUAUACAACGAUGAUUACGAUUAUUAUAACAAGCUACCACCAGAAUAUGCUGAAUCGGAUGAAUUCCUUGAUGCAGCUCUCGGCGAACUUGAAAAACACAAGAUUGGAUUAGAUUUAGACGAUAUGGAAAUCACGGCAGUGUAACUGUAACUUGCAAUUUUAGCAGAUUUUGCAC